GAGGGACGUGUCUAGGCGUCUCGGUGGGCCGUCGGGGUCCGUAGGGGUCUGCACCAUCGGCCCGUCUACUGCCUGCUGUUUAGGCUGGAGGAAUGUCAUGGGUGUCUGCCAGCCUGUGUGCAACAAGCCUUGCAGGAAUGGAGUCUGUGUGGGUCUAGACAAGUGCUCCUGCUCUGUGGGAUACAAGGGCCAGCAAUGUGACCAAGAUGUGAAUGAGUGUGGUCUCCCAGAGCGACCGUGCUCCAACAGCUGUAUGAACACCCAGGGUAGUUACCGGUGUUACUGCGACCCCGGAUACAACCUCAUGACAGAUGGAUCAACCUGCACCAAAGAGCCUGAGUGUGCCUCCGCAAGCUGCCAGUUCGCUUGCCAGAUCGACCGGGGGGGAGAGGUGCGCUGUCUGUGUGCCCUCGGCCUCCACCUGGCCGCCGACAACAGGACCUGUGAAGGUGGGCUUCCUCGGCAACCCCAUGGUAACCCCAUUGCCAUGGCAACCACCAAACUCCUCCCUCCCCUCUAGUUCUUUCAGUUCCAAUGCCAUGGGAAGUAGUAAGGGGGGACUGGGAUUGGGAAACAGCCCAGAGUUUGGUCCAUUCCCUUGGCAUUACUAUGGGGUAUACUGUAUGCUAGCCAUGAUCGUAGCGCGACAGUGUGUAGCUACUAGUUCGGUCUCUGGCUGCCAUUAGAGAGCAGGUGGAGAGACAGGUUCCCAUAUGCACACUACUAGAGGACAUGUUAACGACCUCCACCCAGCUAUUACUAACAGCGCUGAGUCUGUCCACAGAACGAUAAACCCCGCAAUUACCUCAAGUGUUAAGAAAACAGACCCCGGGUCCCAGUAGCUGUACUCUACUCUUUGCCCUCUCCUCAGCCUAGCUAGCGCUCAUUACUUUGAAGUCCCUUAGCUCGAUAACUGUGGUGCGGUCGUAAAGUCCUCGCAGCAGACACCUCCUGUCCUGCUAACGAGGCCAAGCCUCCAUGGUUGAUCCUGAGAGCCCUUGCCUCAUUCUCUCUUACAGGAGAGUAGCUGUAGGAACUAACCAACCUGACCUGAGACCUCAGAGAAAUCAUAACAGUCAUAUACUGUAGGAAGUUACAGUGGAACAUAUUUUUAAUGUAUUUUGUAUUCUUCCCCUCUAAUCAGGAACUGAUUUUAGACCUGGGACACCAGGUGAAUGCAAUUAAUUAUCAAGUAGAACAGAAAAGCAGCAGUACUCCGGACCUCUUAGGGUCAGAGUUG